AGAAAAUCUUAAACUACGUAGGCAAUUAGGUAUUUUACCGGUUUAGUUAUACAACACCCUAACGUUGCCCAACCUACACCUUUCGAACCUCUCAGCUUCCCUCACUCAUACGAAUUCCGACGCUCGGCAGAUCAAUUUUUCAAGUGCUGUGGCUGGAAAAAUCAGGAAUGAAUGACCUGUCAUUCCUUGGCCCAGGGCGGCCGCCCCUCCUGCCGUGGCUCAGGGACGCGCCUGCACUGUGUACGGUAAAUGAGCAGGAUAUUUUUGCAGAUGAUUUUGCAAAUAAACUAGGUGGAUAUCAUUCAUCUUCUGUAAGUCAUAAAUAUCUGCGUACUAGAAAUAGAUUCUUUGUCAGGGCUGGCCCAAAGAAGAUUACAUUUGAUUCAAAGUGUAGAGAAGCUCUACAAGCUGGUGUAAACAAGCUUGCUGAUGCUGUUUCAGUGACAUUAGGGCCCAAAGGACGCAAUGUGAUUCUCUCGGAUUCUAAAAGUUUAAAAGUAAUUAAUGAUGGUGUUACAAUUGCAAGGGCCAUAGAACUUGCCGAUGCAGUUGAAAAUGCAGGGGCAAUGCUCAUUCAAGAGGUUGCAUCUAAGGUGAAUGAUGCAGCUGGCGAUGGUACAACAACUGCAAUAAUUUUGGUUCGGGAAAUGAUUAGAACUGGGUUAUUAGCUAUUACAUUUGGUGCUAAUCCUAGUGGUUUAAGAAGAGGAAUGGAGAAGACUGUAAAUGAACUAAUCCAAAUUUUGAAGAAGCGUAGCACCCCUGUCAAGGGGAGAGAUGAUAUAAGAGCUGUAGCUUCCAUUUCUGCUGGAAAUGAUGACUUUGUGGGGAGCAUACUUGCUGAAGCUAUUGAUAAGAUUGGGGCUGAUGGUGUGAUCACUAUUGAGACCUCCUCGACGUCUGAAACUUCUGUAAUUAUUGAAGAAGGAAUGAAGAUUGACAAGGGAUAUAUGUCACCUCAUUUUGUUACGAAUCAGGACAAGUCUACAAUUGAAUUCGAUAAUGCCAAAGUUUUAAUAACGGAUCAAAAAAUUUCAACAGUACAAGAAAUUGUUCCUUUAUUAGAGAAGACUGCUCAACUAUCUGUCCCUUUGCUGAUCAUUGCCGAGGACAUCUCAAAGCAAGUCUUGGAAACAUUGAUCGUGAACAGAAACAAGGGAGUUGUCAGAGCAGCUGUUGUCAAAUGUCCUGGACAUGGGGAUGCUAAAAAGUCUUUGCUGCAAGAUAUUGCUCUCAUGACAGGUGGUGAUUUUUUGUCAGGGGAUCUGGGCCUGAGCAUAGGAGAUGCAACUUCUGACCAACUUGGUAUAGCACGAAAAGUGACCAUAACAAAUAACACAACCACUAUAGUUUCAGAUCCUUCUACAAAAGCUGAAAUCCGAGCUAGGAUUUUGCAGAUAAAAAAGGAUUUAGCUGCAUCAGAGAGCUCUCAUCUGUCCAGGAAGCUUGCUGAGAGAAUUGCUAAGCUCUCUGGUGGUGUGGCAGUGAUCAAGGUCGGCGCUCACACAGAGACAGAACUUGAGGAUCGUAAGCUUAGAAUGGAGGAUGCAAAAAAUGCCACAUUUGCCGCCAUGGAUGAAGGGAUAGUUCCUGGUGGUGGUGCAACUUAUAUUCAUCUUUCCGAAGAGAUUACAUCAAUUACAUCUUCCUGGGAAGAUACUGAUGAAUUGGCUGGAGCUGAAAUUAUAAGAAAGGCACUCCUUGCACCUGCCAAAUUGAUAGCUGCGAAUGCAGGGGUUGACGGAGAAGUAGUGGUAGAAAUAAUACGUACCUCUGAUUGGCAAAUUGGAUAUAACGCUAUGGCUGGCAGAUUCGAAAAUCUUCUUGAUGCUGGUAUCAUUGAUCCAUGCCGUGUCACAAGAUGUGGUUUACAGUAUGCAGUCUCUAUCGCAGGGCUUGUUCUUACAACCCAAGCUAUAUUGGUUGACAAAAUGAGGAAACCCAAACCUUCAGUUCCUCAUGUUCCAGGAAUUACUCCUUGAACUAGGAUAGAAUUUGAUUGAUUUUUGAAGAUGUUUAGAUUUCUUUUUAGUUAUUUAGGAAACUUUUACUUAGUUAUACAACUUGCGUAUGAAAUUUGUAGGAUGCGUAGGUCAGUUGACAUUUCUUAUUGAAGUGAUCCAAAAUUUUGGUCGACAUGAGUUACAGAUUGUUUACAAUACAAGUCCAGUAGAACACUAGCGAAGUUAAAAUCUGUAAAUUGUAGACUAUCCCAGAUUCACAGUAAUGGGGUUCAAUCUUGUGCUUCUCAUUCCUUUGCUUUGAUUUUAUGAGAAGGCAAGUGUGUCUUAUGGCAUACAUUGCAUUUGAUGCAUGAA